GGAACAGGAGUAGGCGUGGGAAUUCCGGAUACCAGGGACAUUUUAAAGCACUGAAAAUGUCCUGCUUAUUAGUUUUUUGAAUGAAGAAGCGUUCACACAGACUCCGCGCCGCGAGCGCGCAUUUCAGAAUCUAUCGUGCACGCGCUAUUACAACCGGGGUCGCAAAGAUGGUGGCCAGCAAGAGAGUACAGAAGCUCCUCCGACGAUACAAACUAGCAAUUGCUGCCGCGUUGACCAUCCUCCUUAUUCAAGGUCUGGUCGUAUGGAGCCUGAGAAGUCUGGAAGAGCGCGAGGCGGAGAAAAAAACAAGGCGGUCUAAACUGCCUGACCAGAACAGCCAGGACCAGAAGAGGGAGACCAAUCUUUGGGAGAGACAGAAUUCGUUGUCUGGGAGGAGCGGGGGCAGAUGGAGCGGCAGGCUGGAAAGGGUAGGGGGCACAGCAGCCAGCGCGCUAAGACGAGGGACCAACCGAAAAGGAGGCAAGCCUAACAUCAGGCUGAAGACUACCUUUCAGCAAGGCCAAACAGACACAGGAGUGGAUGGUGUAGCACCUCACGACCCAUCCAGUAGCCGAAACUUAAGUGACAUGCGAGGUGGUGCUGAUGGUGCGGCCAGGUUACAUGCCGCUGUCUUACCAGGGGAGCCAGGCAGUGUGGACGGGGCCCACCAAGCCCCCAGCAGUGACUUUGAGCCCAAGUGUGAUAUCACAGGCAAGGAUGCAUUGUCCGCUCUGCAUCGUGCCGGUUCCCAGCAGUGUCGCCAGGAGAUUGCCAAUAUUGUGUGCCUGCAUCAUGCCGGGCAGCUCAUGCCAGCUGCUCUUCCACAGUUCUGCCCGCAGAUCGGUUUAUCAAAUCCUGUGCAGGCAGUUGGCGAGCUGGACAACAGCCUGUCCAAAGUAGAGAACCCUGUCAGGGUGGUUUUUGUCCUGAUGGUCCACGGCCGCUCUGUACGGCAGCUCAAGCGUCUCAUCAAAGCAAUUUACCACUGUGAUCACUACUACUACAUCCAUGUAGACAAGCGAUCUGGCUAUAUGCACCGGGAAGUCCUACAGAUCGCCCAGCAGUACCCAAAUAUACGUGCGACACCCUGGCGAAUGGUGACUAUUUGGGGUGGUGCCAGCCUGUUGAAAGCGUACCUCCACAGCAUGCAGGACCUGCUAUCCAUGCUGGACUGGAAGUGGGAUUAUUUCAUCAAUCUCAGUGGCACAGACUUUCCCACCAGGACCAAUGAUGAGCUGGUGGCAUUCCUGUCACAGCACAGAGACAAGAACUUCCUCAAGUCCCAUGGCAGAGAGAAUUUUCGGUUUAUUAAGAAGCAGGGCCUCGAUCGUCUCUUCCAUGAGUGUGACAAUCACAUGUGGCGCCUUGGAGAGCGCAACAUCCCUGAUGGCCUGGAAGUCUCGGGUGGCUCGGAUUGGUUUGCACUCACCCGCCGCUUUGUGGAGUAUGUCAUCAACUCCCAGGAUGACUUGGUGUUGGGGCUGAAGCAGUUCUAUUCCUAUGCUCUGCUCCCUGCUGAGUCUUUCUUCCACACGGUGCUUGGGAACAGUCACAUGUGUGACAGCCUGGUGGACAACAACCUUCGUGUGACCAACUGGAAUCGUAAACUGGGCUGUAAAUGCCAGUACAAGCACAUUGUGGAUUGGUGUGGCUGCUCUCCAAAUGACUUCAAACCCCAGGACCUCAUCCGCAUCCAGCAAUUGUCCCGCCCAACAUUCUUUGCACGCAAAUUCGAGUCAAUUGUGAACCAGGAAGCCAUAGACAUCCUGGACACUCAUCUGUAUGGCCAGUAUGCUCCAGGAACUGUUGCCAUUAAGGCGUACUGGGAGAACCUGUUUGAGCAGAUGGACGGCGUGGACGCUCUCAGUGACGUAGCACUCACUGCUCACUCUUCCCUGUUUCGCCUCGGCCUGAAAAGCCUAGCGACAUCUCAGAGCGGCAAAGAGUCCUGCAGGUUUGAACCAAUAGGCUACCCUUUGUCAGUCCACUUGUACUUCUAUGACGACCGCUUUCAAGGGUACUUGGUACGCCAGGAAGUCCAGGCUGUAGGGUCAAAAAUCAAGGAGGUGAUUGAGACCUGGGCUGUCCCCCAGGCCACACUGGUGCUUGAGACUAAUCUUAAAGAGUUUGAAAGGCUCAAAAACCUUGAGAUCGGCACAGAGUGGGAUCCAAAAGAGAGAAUUUUCCGGAAUUUUGGCGGGAUCGUCGGCCCUUUGGAUGAACCACUGGCAGUUCAGAAAUGGGCUCGUGGGCACAACCUCACAGCCACUGUUGUGUGGAUUGACCCCGCCUUGGUGGUGGCAGUCUCUUAUGACAUCACUGUGGACACGGAUGCAGAGUAUACCCAGUACAAGCCACCACUGCAGCGCCCCCUGCGGCCUGGCAUCUGGACGGUACGUGUGUUAAAACAGUGGGAGCGUGUGGCAGAAGCUCGCUUUCUCGUCAUGCCUUUGACCAUCAAAGAUAAGGAGCCCCUCCGCAAAGAUGAGGGCAGUUGGCUGCAUGCAGGUCCACCAGGAAACUUGUACCUGGAGCAGAGCUUCCAGCAGCUGAGCUCCGUACUGAAGCUGCCUCCUCAGGAGCCCGCCAUGCUAGUGGCGAAACAAAACGCUCAGCUUGUGGGCCCAUCUCUGGAAGCGUGGCUUGACCGCAGUGUGGCAAAUUUUUGGGUUAUAGGAGACCUGUGCACCACACAGACUUCAUCCUGCACAGCCUUGACGCCAUGCUCCAAAACAACGUGGAGCGCCAUGUCCCCGGACCCCAAGUCUGAACUGGGACCAGUUAAAAGCAAUGGGAGAAUCAGGUAGCCCCAGUGGAGGGUAGACUAUUGAGUUCAACGCAGACAUAAAUGAGGCACAUGGCUGCCCGCGAGGGCUGGAACCAGCAGUAAGAGCUCCAAGAGAACCCGUGUGAGUGGGAGGGUUGGCUCACAGCUGAAGGCCACUUAGACACAAUAGCAUCUUGCACUGAAGAGUUGAAACGUUCUCAGUAAAGUGGUUCCGCUACCUUAGAAGUGAACACAACUGCUGGAAAUUUGCACAUUGACAAAUGCAAAACAAGACUUUUCUUGAUCUGCAGGAUGGCGACAUGGAUGCCAGAUUUUAUUUUAUUUUUUUUUAAAUCCCAGCUACGGCUUUGACUCUAUCUGCGUGAGCUUUUCAAAGGAAUCUUGCACAAAUGUUCAGUUUCUGUUUACUUUUAGUCAGGAUGCAGUUUAAACCCAACCACAGUCUCCUUGAAACGUUUCCCUCUCAUCUUAAGACAGAACUAAACCUCUAGCUCGUGUUAUAUUGUGCUUAUUUUCAAGCAUUUUAUAUUGGAAAUAUGGAAUAGAUUAAGUGCACUUUACUGUAAGGCAGUUUUUCCACAGAAUUUAAAAGUUUUGGUUGUGUUUAUUCCAACAUUUUAAUUUUACACCUCCUUGAGAAAUGUGAUCCCUGAGCCACUUCUAAAAUGUCUUUGCUGGAGUUGCAAAAAAAGCCUCUUUGUGCUCACAGAAUGCGCUUGGAAAGGUUGUAGAUAGCUGUAUAAUUAUUUAGCUCAACCAGUAUUCUUCUGUAACCACUGCUUACUGAAGGAGACCACAUGAUAUGGCCAAUAGCUCAGAACAAGGGACCUUUUUGGGUCUAUUCCCAAGGUCAAGCGUAUAUGUUUGAAUGGAAAUGUAAAUGUAUGUUACAUGUUAUAUACCUCCUGUUUAUCAUUGUAGGUGCAGUUUUUUUUCAUUCCUGUGCAUGGACCGGCUUUCACACUCAAGGGAGAAGCACUACAAGUCCAACCAGAAAUGCUAAACACUGUAUGAUUUUAUUAUUAUUAUUUUAGAAUUAUAAGGGGGGGGGAUCAAAGCGGCCUUUACUUAGCUGAGAAAAUGACUGCAGGAUCAAACCUUCCCAAGAUGUGCAAUUUCUGCCUGCCCUGGUCUGCAUCUUAGUUUUGUAACAUGUUUUAGGUGUGUGUUGUUUUCUUUUUUUAAUGACCACCGUGAUUUUUAAAGUGACCUUGUUUACCUUGCACAGUACAGUUGCUUCAGUGAAGCCUCGCAUCUGGUAAAAAGAACAGAGAAAUGCAGAUGUUAUUUUUAUACUGUAUACUGUUUUAAAAACAAGCGUGUCCAUACGUGUCUUUGGAUUUUCAACUAGCACCAACAUGUUGAUUUUCGAGUGUGAUGUGAUCAGUGAUCGAGCUGGUAGAGUUUCCAUCUUUUGCUGCUGUGGUCGUGGUGGGGGAGGGGGCUAUAUCCAAUGCCACUCCCACUCACAGGCAUCAAUAAAGAGGACACAGGAAUAAAGGUUUUUGGCCUCUCUCUUCAG